CAGUCUGCGCUCAAAUACCACCGCGGUCGGACGUCAUGUACAAAACUAUUGUUUAUUUAUUAUUGAUCACCGCGUGCCGCGGGCAGCCUCGGGCGGCGCAGUAUGUAGUACCUAAUGCUGUGUUGGAAGCUAUUUAUCCUAAGGGACUUAGGGUGUCGGUGCCAGACGAUGGCUUUUCCCUUUUCGCCUUCCACGGCAAGCUGAACGAGGAGAUGGAAGGUUUAGAAGGUGGCCACUGGUCCAGAGACAUCACCAAGGCUAAGGACGGAAGGUGGACGUUCAGGGACCGAGAGGCCCAGCUGAAGCUAGGAGACAAGAUAUAUUUCUGGACGUAUGUCAUCAAGAAUGGACUGGGGUAUAGGCAGGAUAAUGGCGAGUGGACAGUCACAGAAUUCGUCUACGAAAAUGGCACCAAAGCCGACCCAGGCAACAACCCCAACUACCAACCAGACAAACCACUACCAACCUCCACCCCUACCCAGCCCACCCAACCUCCCCCCACAUGUAAACCAACCCCUACGGUAGUACUGGGGAAGACCGUGUGUAAAGGGGAGGUCAUCUUCAGUGAAGAGUUUGAUAAGAGUGCGGUGAAGGAUUUGACACUUUGGGAGGGGGAGAACAAGUUUCCUGAUGAACCGGAUUACCCGUUCAACGUGUACAUGGCGCGAGGAACGAUGGAACUAGAAAACGGACAGCUGGUCAUCAGCCCCAAGUUACUGGACACCAUGUAUCAUGACGGCUUCGUGCAGGAGUCCUUGGAUUUAAGCGAUAUAUGCACAGGCACCAUAGACACCGCACAGUGCAAGCGAGUUGCGAACGGAGCGGACAUUCUACCCCCUGUGAUGACGGGGAAGAUCACUACCAAACACAAGUUCAACUUCAAGUUCGGCCGAGUGGAGGUGAUGGCCAAGAUGCCCGCUGGGAGCUGGUUGAUACCUGAAAUCAACUUAGAGCCCCGUGAAAACUUCUACGGUUACCGCCGCUACGAAUCCGGACUAAUCAGAGUAGCGUUCGUAAAAGGCAACGCCGAGUUCGCGAAGAAACUGUACGGAGGUCCGGUACUGUCCGACACUGAUCCGUUCCGGUCGCAGCUGAUGAAGCAGAAGAUUGGCAUUGAGAACUGGUGCAGUGGGUUCCAUAAUUACACCAUGAUUUGGAAACCAGACGGCAUGGUGAUGCUGGUGGACGGUGAGGAGUACGGGCACAUCGAGCCCGGCGAAGGAUUCUACACAGCCGCACGACAAGCUGCCGUGCCGCACGCCGGCAACUGGCUCAGGGGGAGCAGUGUGAUGGCUCCUUUAGAUCAACUGUUCUACAUUUCCCUGGGCCUGCGAGUGGGCGGUGUCCACGAUUUCCCGGACGCCGCGGACAAGCCGUGGAAGAACAAGAAUAACAAGGCUGUCCUCAAAUUCUGGGAAGCUAAGGACACCUGGUUCCCGUCCUGGCAUGACGCUAAUCUGAAGAUUGAGUCUGUUAAAGUUUACGCUUUAUAAGGAAAA